AUGCUUAGCCAAAGAUCUUCAAAACUCUUUGAUCCAAUCCAAGUUGGCGCUUUCAACCUCCAGCAUCGAGUUGUGCUUGCUCCCUUGACAAGAGGUCGCGCAGACACUGCCUCAGUCCCAGCUCUUUACGCACCUGACUAUUAUGCCCAGCGCGCAACGCCUGGCGGUUUACUUAUCACAGAAGGAACGUUUAUCCAUCCAGAGGGAGCUGGAAGACUCUAUUCGCCAGCAGGCAUCUACUCAAAGGAGCAAAUCGAGGCAUGGAAACAUGUCACUGCCGCAGUCCAUGCUAAAGGCGGAUUGAUCGUAGUUCAGUUGUGGGCUUUGGGACGAAUCGCGGAACCUGACCUAGUCUCGGCAGUAUACAGUCCAGGCACGAAGCCCUAUCUCGACAACGACGAUACCUCUAGAAGAACGCCAGAUAAAGCUGCUGUCAUUGAGAAGUUUACUACCAUGAUAGAAGCUGGCAUCAAUCGCUUCGUUGAACAUUUUCGCCAAGCUGCACUGAAUGCUAUCGAGGCAGGUUUCGAUGGCGUCGAGUUGCACGGAGCCAAUGGAUACCUCAUCGACCAGUUUCUUCAAUCUACAAGUAACGACCGACAAGACCAGUACGGCGGUAGCGUUGAGAACCGUAUCCGUUUCCCACUCCGAGUCGUCAAUGCAAUCAGCGAGGCUAUCGGAGCUGAGCGCGUGGGAGUUCGCAUGUCACCGUUUACGCGCUUUCAGGGUAUGCGCGAGACAGACCCAUUGAGCCUUUUCGUCCCAUGGGCACAGGCAAUAGUUGAUUCCCAGCCGUCUAUCGGUUACCUUCACGCUGUUGAACCUCGCGCCGAUGGCGCAGUUGAUACACCAGACCAUCUUCAAAAAGGAAUAGAGUCGUUGGAUUCAAUUCGAGAAGUUGCUACUCGGGCUGACGUCAACUUCAUCGCAGCUGGAGGAUUUACACCUGAGUCAGCUUUUGAGCAUACCAGUGAAACCGACGAUCUUGUAGCUUUCGGCGGCACUUUAUUCAACGGAUGGGCGCUCACCAAGUACGAUCGUUCGACAUUCUACAAAACGAACGAAGUCGGAUACAGCGACUAUACUGCCUAUACUGUGGAUAAGGUUGCGGCGUAG